GCAUGGAUGGAGAGAAUAUAUUCCAAGUGGGGAAAAGCAGAAAUUAAAGGAACUCGGAGGACCGCUUUCAGAAUGGAAACCGAAGAGCUCGACCUUCGUUGAGAGGACGCGAAAAGCCAGUACUGACGCAUUAAGCAGCAAAGAAAAGAGCAGAGCAGAGCAGAGCAGAGCCGGGAAGAGCGUGAUUCCUUCAACCAGCGGUUAGUGUGGUCAACUCAGUUUCUUAUGUGGCUUCUUCGUCAAGUCUGAUUCUCGCUGUCUUCCAACAAUUUCCCCAAAAUCUUCACAACCAUGCCCUCUCGGCAGAUGCCGCCGGUGGCAGAACUGCCGGUAACGGUGGCGCACCACGGCCACCACGACCACCGUCUCAUCCUGCCACUCGCCUUAGGUAUCGCCGUGGUCUUCUCGCUUCUCAUUAUUCUAAUCGUUUUCUUCCGCAAACUCACCCGCAAGCGGACGGUCCCGUCCGAUUCCAAGCCCCCGCACCGGUUCUCCUACUCCGUCCUCCGCCACGCCACCGCCUCCUUCGCCGCCACACGCCGACUCGGCCAGGGCGGAUUUGGCUCCGUCUACAGCGGAACUCUCGCUGACUCCAACCUGCCAAUCGCCGUGAAACUCAUGGACGCCGGCUCUCUCCAAGGUGAGCGCGAGUUUCAGAACGAGCUCUUUUUUGCCGGUAAGAUCGAGUCCGAUUACAUUGUCUCAGUUAUCGGCUUCUCCUCCGACCGCAAGCGCCGUCGUAUGUUACUGGUCUACGAGCUCAUGAGUAACGGGAGCUUGCAGGACUGUCUGCUCCAUCGCAAGUGUACGGAGCUAAAGGACUGGAACAGGCGGUUCAAGAUCGCGAUUGAUAUAGCGAAAGGAUUAGAGUAUCUCCACCAUUAUUGUGAUCCGCCGGUGAUUCAUGGCGAUAUAAAGCCGAGUAAUAUAUUGUUGGAUCAGAACUUCAACGCGAAGAUCGGCGAUUUUGGUUUAGCGAGGUUGAAAUCGGAGGAUCAGUGUGAAGUUUGUAUAGUGAACUGUGGAUUUGAGGCUAAAAAGGAAGUGGAGUGUAACGGUGGCGGCGGAGGCGAGGAUAAUGGAUCUACGGUCGAAGAGACGGAGAGCGUGACCACAGCCGGUUUUGACGAGUUCAAUGUUGGUCAUAAUCAGUCACCGGAAAGUUUUCUUCGGGUUGCGGUGGCAGAGACAUCCCCUGAGAUGGUUGUGGGGGCGGUAGCAUCGCCGGAAACUAUUGAGGCAGCGGCGGUCUCGCCGAGAACAGUUGGAACGGCCGCGUCGGCGCCGGACGGCUUAGAGAAGGCCAGUUUGUCGGAGGGAAAUUUUGACAGGUCUAGUGUGGGGAGCGGGACAGAAAUGGUUCAUGGUGGUGGGGCCAAGAGGAGCGGGAGAGGGUUGAAGAGUCUUUCAGGGAAGGAUUGGUGGUGGAAACAAGACAACGGUGGAACAGAGUCCGGGGUUGUGAAGGACUACGUGAUGGAAUGGAUUGGCAAUGAGAUCAAGAAGGAGAGGCCGAAAAAUGAAUGGAUUGGAGCUUCUUCAAGUUCAGGGCCGAUGGCAAAGCCGGAGAAAAAGAAGCACAAGAAAAGAUUGGAGUGGUGGAUGGCUCUUGAUGAGGACAAGAAUGUGAAGAAAGAGAAGAGGAGACCGGCAAGGGAGUGGUGGAAGGAAGAAUACUGUGCAGAACUUGCAAGAAAGAAAAAGAAGAAAAAACAAGGAGGAUCAGCGAGUGAUGGUAAUAAUAGUGAGAAUUGGUGGCCGAUUGACGAGGAAUUAAAUGUUGAUAGAAAGAAGAAGAGGUCUAGGAGUAGAAGUAGUAGAGGGAGUGUGGAUUGGUGGUUGGAUGGGCUUAGUGGUGACCUUUGGAAAGCUCGUCGCAAUAGCCAUGACUCUCCUAGUGGAGAGAUACCUAAAAGUGGUGGUAUUAGCAGCACCCCUAGUAUGAGGGGAACUGUUUGUUACGUUGCCCCUGAGUAUGGUGGUGGUGGGGAUCUCUCAGAGAAGUGUGAUGUUUACAGUUUUGGGGUUUUAUUGCUUGUUCUAAUUGCUGGGAGAAGGCCACUUCAGGUGACUGGUUCACCGUUGUCUGAAUUCCAACGUGCCAAUCUUAUAUCUUGGGCUCGCCAUCUUGCACGUGCAGGAAAGCUCCUUGAUUUAGUUGAUCAAUCUAUUCAAUCGAUGGAUCGAGAACAAGCUCUACUAUCCAUUACUGUUGCACUUCUCUGCCUUCAGAAAUCACCUGCCCGGCGGCCCUCCAUGAAAGAAGUUGUGGGUAUGCUUUCCGGGGAGUUAGAAUCGCCCCACCUACCAGUUGAAUUUUCUCCUUCACCUCCCUCUCACUUCCCAUUCAAGACCCAUAAGAAGGUCCGGUGAGUUUCUAAUGUCGGAUGCUAAUUUUCAUGAUCAUAGUGUGCUCUUGUAAAUUAUUGCUUCAUCAUCUUAAUGGUUGACUGAUGUAGACACAAGAUUUUACAUAUUUAAUGAAUUUGACUUAUUUUUCUUUUUCUGAUGUUGGAAACUAGUUUUGCUACUAUGAAGUCUAUAUAAUUCAAGAAGAUAAUUUUGUAGUCUGACUCAUUGUUUAUUGUCUGAAUGGAUGGUUGAUGUAGAAAUGCCCCCCCCUGGAGCGGGGUUGCAACUGGUUUUGUUGUUAUAAAGUCUAAUUCGGGAAGAUCUUUUUGUAUUGCAUCUCUAAAAGACAAUAAAAAUUCCUAAUAACAAUUCCUUUUAUCUUUUACUAAAAAAGUCUAGGUAAUUAAGGGCGACACUUGGUUUUAAUGGUGUGAUUCUGUAGUAAAUCUGAUCUUGCAUUUGUAGUGUAGUGAUAUGAAUACUGAUAUAGUUGAUGCUAUUACAUAAGAUGAGAAGUAUGACACCAGUUAUUGCCACCCAAAUUGGUGGUUGGGCUAGAGAUUAAGUUGUCUAUCAUUCUAAGAUAUGACACCAAAAUGUUUUUUAUACAAGCUAGUGCCUGCAAAAGUAAUAUAGAUGUCACUGUCCAUAAAGCAAAAUGUUUUUGUUCCUUUUUUUUUUUUUUUUUUUUCUGGUAAGUCAUAUGGAUAUUGCUCUCCUUAAAGCCAAAGUCAGGCAAGACAAAAAGCUUAUCUCUAGAAUAGUUCCCAUUUAUUUUUGUAAAUGACCAUAUGGAUAUCACUGUCCUAAACGGAUUUACAUUCUUGCAAACAGAUAAAAGUGGUCUUAUUUCCCAAGCUUACCCAAAGUGCUUGGAUUUCAUAGUAACAUUUAUAUUUGAAGGUGGUACCUCAAAUGGUGGAGAGCUAGUGGCACAGGUAGUCUGAUACUUCUGAUUUGGAGCUUAAACCUUGAAAGCCUCAGUUAGUGCUGUUGGCAUAUAUUCUAGCACAUCCAUACCCAUAAACAAACUCUAAUUCUAUGCUCUGGUGAAUUGGGAUGAUUAGUGUUAAAUCUUAGAAUGAUAUAUGCAAUUUAUGUGCAUCAAUGGUUUGCUACUGCUGAACUUGGUAGCAUGGAAGUGAUUUUAAUAUGAAUGACAAUGCUUCAUGAGACUCUGGAAACACUAUUUGGAGGAUGGUGUUGAAUUUUUUACAAACUUCUGUUUGAUGAGAUUGCUUUUUAAGAUAGAUAAGUUGGUACCUUUGUAUCUCUUUGCUAGCAUUCUAAUGACAAUUCCUGUGUGUCAAGUGGUACUAGAGUUGAUUCAUGACCACAAUCGUGUGGAUGCGGGUAAAAAAAAGAGUGUUUGGGACUCUCUUUGGGGUUCAAAAUUAUGAGAGAUAAAUUUUUGGCUUGGAUCUGGUUCCAGGGCCUAAAGGAGAGGCGUUUGCUUCAAUUUUACCCCAUGUUAGUAGUAUUAUUGGGAAUGAUGUAACGGUAAAAUCUUGUUAAUGAAAAAAAGAAGAGAAAAGAAAGACAAUCACAGAAAGGUUAAAACAAAACAAAGCAUAUCUGUCCGUUCACCUAGCAGAAAAAUUAGAGUGCAGAGGCAGAACUGAUUCUAUAGUUGGUUUGGACUUUUCAAUGUCUGCCUGGUUUCAACUCCUGACUGGUCAUGUUUGUAUGCUCUUGUAUUUUUUUAUUUUGCUUGUGAAUUAGUUGGAGAUCUGUAUCUCUUAAUAUUGUAAUAGUGACCAUUGAAACUUCACAUGUUUGGUGGUGGGAUGGGGCUUUUACUACAAUAUAUAUCCAUACUAAUACACAACUCUAAAUUUUGCAUGUGUUCUAUAUGAUAUUCCAGAGUUGCAACAACCAAGUUUAUGCACGUGAACAACAACAUACCAAGCCUUUAUCUCACUAUAUUAAGCCUUUAUCUCACUACGUGGGUUUGACUACAUGAAUUCUAGCUUUUCAUUCAUUUCUAUCUAUGACCUUAUUUUCUGCAAGGCCCAUAUUAUUAAUAUCAAACCUAGUUUUCCACCAAGAUUUUCUUGGUUUUCCUCUACCUCUGUUGCUAAGUACUUGUUCCAUUUACUUUACUUCUUUUUGGGCAAAACCAUACCUCUUUAGGUUUUCUUCAUUGUAACAUUUAUGCAAGUCUUGUAGCAAGCACUCUUAGUUUUGAUUUUCUCUCUUGUACCUCUUCAUUAACUCUUUUUGAUUUGAGACUUUUCCCAUUGACUCUCCUAUAACCAUGUCCCCUAUAUUUCGAGUAGUGGUAACCAUUUCACUCCACAUUUGGUUAGCCUCUCCUUCUAUGGUCCAAUCUGUUUUGUCACACUUUUUUCCCCAAAUAUGGUUUGGUUUUCCACUUUUAAAUCCCACCACCUAAUUCUUGGGCUUCAUUUUAGGUAUGGACUCAAGGGCCAAAAGUCUUAUGCACUUAAGUGCAUUGUUAUUCUUUUUCCUUCUUUUAAGCUAGGAAGCAAGGGCGUGUAUGCAUGACAGAGGCACAGGAUGAUAUGGACACAUCAAUAUUUGAAUUCUUUAAAGAAUUAGGAACCAUAUGAAAAAAUAAAAAAAGAUACAUCAAUAAAUGAAUAUAUAUAUUUUAUAAAAAUAUGUACAAAUUUUAAUAGGUUCUUAACUUUUCUUCUACAUUACAAAUAUAUUUACAUUUCUUAUUACCAAAAUCAGAAUAGAUUAUUUUUCAUAUUCUACAUACUAGAAAAUGUCAACAGAAAGUCUUAGUAUCUACUAGAGAAGGUUCUAUUGAUGACAACUCAAAAGCUUUGGGUUUCAAUCUCUUUGACAUUAAGACAUCUAAAACGUAAAGCACUACAAGAUUUAAAUUUUCAUUUUUUUAAUUUUAUAAUCAAUUUUGUAACUUCUUACUGUAGACAUAUGAUGUGGUUAUAAUUUGAUCAGAUGAUGGAACAUGCCUAUCCCGCUAGUGAGAGCAUGUUCCAAGUGCCCAAAUGCUUGGUUUUAGAAUUUCUUUUUUAAGGACAAGUUGUCAUGAAUAUCCAACAUGGAUCUGGAGGCUGGUUGUCACUUUCUUAAAAAACAGUUCUCCUUUUUCAUACAUGCAAUGUGAAGCAACAAAUCAUACUCAUUUUCUUGAAAAAGUCCAACAAUCAAAAUAAGCACAUCAUGUACAUAAACUACAGCACUACCCACUUCUUGGUUGCAACAUAUGUAAGUGCAUAUUUAAUUCUUGAUCAAUCUACUAUACUGUGGUAUUAUCAAGUUAUCACCUUUAAUUGCAAAAGCAAAUUAUCUUUAUUUUCUCAUCCUUAAAGAGGACCUUUUUACUGUGAUGGUAUUUGAAGUUUCACAAGAAGAUUUUAUUUUGUGCUCAAUCUCAAGCCAACAAGGUUAUUUCUUCAAACAGAAAGAUCAAGGACAAUAGUGUUUACAAGAUAUAUGUCAUGUACCUAGGGUUAUCCUAGGGUUUGGAAUGGGAUUUGGGAGAAAUUGGAGAAGAUAGAACAGCAAGAUAGCGAGAAUUAGAGCAGAAAGAGAGAGAUAACAGACAGAAUUGAGAGGUGACAGGUGAUCGAGAGAGAGAAUGGAGAAUUGAGAGGGAAGAAUAGAGAAAUCAGAAAGGAAAUUGAGAGAGAAUUGAUGAGAGGGAAAGCCUGAAAUUCAAAUAUCAUUCAACAACAUGCAUUCUCUACCUACUCUAGCCUAUUUAUAGGCUAUUCUCUUCUUUCAGUUACAAUAUAACUGAAAGGUACAAACAGUUUAGCAGCAAAGUACAACAAAAGAAAAUGCAUGUAUUCGAUAGUUCCUAAUAUAUCCUUGGGUCGUGACAAUAUACUAUUGUGAUUCCAAAAGAUUUAUAAAUAUUUUCAGAUAUUUGUAUCUUGUUUUUGUGUGGUAUUUACCUUAUUGCCAGGUGAUUAUAGAUACCAUGGAAACUUGCAACUCUGAGAAGUUUAAACCACUAGUUUCUUGAUUGGUGAAGUGGAAACCAGGUAAUUUCCCCUUUCUAAGAUACUGAAACACAAACUAUGUUUCAAUUUUUAUGCACACUUUUUAAUAUGUAUAUGCAAUGAAUUUGUUGUUUAAUAUCUGUGGUGAAUUAUGUCAGUUAGGGUAAAUAAGUCUUAGUAGACAGUACUGUGAAUAGCCCAUUUUUUUGUUUUGUUUUGUUUUUUCUUUCUUUCAAGAAUUCAUUACUAAUUAACUUUCUUAUCUUGGUCCCGUUGCCUCUGCUUUUCUAUUUUUCCAAUAUCAGAUAAUUCAUUCUCUUCCCUUAGUUUUGUUUUUUUUCAAGCCAGUACAAUCUUCUUGUCUGAUCAAGAGGACAAAAACGACAGACCCUGAAUUUCACAUGAAGCAUGAUUAGACCAUUAUAUAUAAUUUGUCAUAAUUAGAUCUAUAGAUUUAUGUAUUUUAUAGUUUCGAAGAUUUCAUCAAUUUUUUAAAAGGUUUAGCAGUUGAAAAAGUUACAGUAAUUUUUCAAAUUAUGGGACAUGGGAUGUAACCUUUAUUGAUCAGGUUUGGGUUGUUUUAUUACAUAAAUCCUGUUUCUCUUAUUUUUUUCCAAAAAUAUUCUAGUGAGUUCAAAUUUUAUAAUUUGAAGUCUUGGUUUUAGCAUGGCCAUGGAGUUCAGUUUAGAGAUUCUUCCAGUGUUCUAAAAAGCGCUAGGCGCUAGUCGGGCGCCAAGCUGGGGCCUAGCGCCUAGGGCGCCUAGGCGGAGCCUAGAAAACUGUUUUUUUUUUUUUUUUUUUAAAUUUUAUAAUGUAAUUUGAUGUUAUUUUUAAUUAAAUCAAAGUUGAAAAGCAUUAAUAAUGCAACAUAAACCAAUAAUAAAAACAUCAAUAUACUAUAAGCAAGUAGCAGAUUUUUUGCAAAUAUUAUAGAAUAUAUAUAAUUAAUAAUAAAAAUUAAAUAUAAAUCUAAUAAUUAUAUAUAAAUAGAAAAGAAAAUGAAAUAAAAUAAAACAUAAAAAACAUAAAAAACAAACCAGAAACGCAGCAAAAACGCACAACCCACAGAGAGAGAGAGAGAGGGAGAGAGAGAGGUUACGAGUCGACGGAGAUGGAGCUUGCCGCGGCGGAGAUGGAGCUCGACGGCGAGGACGGGGGCGGGGGCGACGACGCUGAGGCAACGAGGACGAGGAGGACGCGACAGAUAAGAGGCGGUGACGAUGAAGCUUGGCGGCGAGGAUGGAGCUGGACGCAGCAAUGACGGUGAGCUACUGGUGGGCCGAUGAAGCUUGGCGACGUUGAGGCAGCAGCGUUGAGGUGAGAAGAGAGUGAAGAGGGGGAGACGCUAACAGGUUCGAUUUAUGAUUUAGCAAAAAAAGUCCUAAAAAGCCCUAGGGGCGCUGGCCGACUAGGCGUCGCCUGGGCGCCCAAGCCAGACGUUUACUCGGGCCGGCGCCUAGGAGGCCCAACUAGGGCAAUUUCGGGGCGGCCAGCGGCCGCCUAGAGGCUAGGCGGCGCCUAGGCGGGCGCCUAGCCCGAUUUUUAGAACACUAGAUUCUUCUUAGGUUUUGUAAAUUGAUAUGAUGCUUUCUGCAGUAUUAUUUUUAAGGGGUAGUUCCCCAGGAAUUCCUAGAGGUUUUAAGGGGGAGGGUUGUUCUUGGUAAGCAAUUCUUACUUUGAGGGUGAAUGAUAAGGUUGUUCUUUCGUUACUACUGGUCAAAGGUUUGAGUUGUGGAAACAAUUUCUUUGCAAAAAGUAAGGGUAAGAGGUUGCAUCCAGAAACAACCCUCCCCAACCUCACAAAUGCAAGGCGUGAAGCUUGUGCACUGGGGUUGCCUUUAAGCAAUUUUAAUUUGACUCUAUUACCUCCUUAAGAAGAUCUGUAACUCUUGGAAUCAUUACUUUUGCAUCAGUAAAAUUGCUCUUAAGUUGCGGAACUUGCUAAUGUUUUGUUUUGGCUUUCUUUUACAUUUUUGUUUAUUACCUUUUUAGUAUAUAUAAAUCUGAUCCUUCCAUUUAAAUUUAUAAGCUCGUAUAACCGCCUAAUCCUGCAGGAAGCAGUCUGCAGAAGCCAUUUUACCAUAUGGGCACUUUUAUAAACAGGUUAUUGCCCAUUCUGUGUAUGACAAAAGACAAAUGCAUUAUUGGACUCUCUUAGAACCAUGACUUGGUUCAUUCAUGAAUUCAAAAAGUUUUCGUACUUGGAAUACAACUAAUUUUUCACGAUCAGUAUCUACUCUUUUUAGAGUAGAAGACACCUUAUCCUUUGAGCAUCACUAAAACAAUUGACUGUUAGUUGUUAUCUUCUACUUUUCAAAUCCCCUUUUAUAUCCUGUCAAUAGAAGCUUAGGAUCUGAAAUCUACUUACUUCAUGACAAUCUAGGUGGAAAACUGAUGACUAAAUAGUGAGAAUACUUAAGUAACCAAAAUUUUGUUUCUUAAUUUUAUGUAUAAACCAUGUUGAUGAUGAUCUUGUUACUUCUAAAAAUCUUGAAUAUCU